AUCAGCCAUGCUGUACUUUGACCAAGACAUCUGUAUAAAUAAGCUCAGAGGAGAACAAGGCAGAGCUGAGCCCCUCUCCUCCAGGCUGUUAACCAGACAUGGAGAGCGCAGAUAACCCAGUAGAGUCUGUGGUAGGAGUCGUCUUUUCCAAAAACCGCCAGGAAUGUCCUGAGCCAAUAAAAGCAGAAGUAAAAGGUCACAUACCAAACUGGCUGCAGGGAACACUGAUUCGAAAUGGUCCGGGACUACACUCUGUUGGAGAGAUGUCCUAUAACCACUGGUUUGAUGGACUAUCGUUACUGCACAGUUUUACUUUUAAAAAUGGUGAAGUAUACUACAGGAGUAAAUUCCUGCGUAGUGACACAUAUAAUUCCAACAUGGAGGCCAAAAGAAUAGUGGUAUCGGAAUUUGGGACUAUGGCUUAUCCAGACCCCUGCAAAAAUAUCUUCUCUAAAGCCUUCACGUACCUGUCACAUGUGGUGCCUGAGUUCACUGAUAAUUGCUUAAUUAACAUCAUAAAGUUUGGAGAUGAUUAUUAUGCUUCUUCUGAAACCAACUUUAUCAGAAAAAUUGAUCCGCAGACUCUGGAUACGCUAGACAAGGUGGACUAUAUGAAGUAUGUGACGGUUAAUUUGGCCACAUCUCAUCCACAUUAUGACAAUGCUGGGAACACAAUAAAUAUGGGGACAUCAAUUGGUGACAAAGGGAAAACAAAAUAUAUGUUGUUCAAGGUUCCUCCUGUAGCUGCAGAUAAUAAGAAGUCUCCAUUGAAGAAUGCUGAAGUUCUUUGUUCCAUUCCUGCCCAUCAUCUUCUAAGCCCCAGCUACUACCAUAGCUUCGGCAUGACAGAGAAUUACAUCAUCUUCAUAGAACAGCCCUUAAAGCUGGAUAUCUUGAAACUUGCAACUGCCUACUUCCGUGGAGUCAACUGGGGUUCAUGCAUUAUCUUCAAUAAGGAUGAAAAGACUUGGUUUCACAUAAUUGACAAGAGAACCAAAAAGCCAGUUGCUGAAAAGUUUUAUGCUGAUGCUUUGGUGGUUUACCAUCACAUAAAUGCUUAUGAAGAAGACGGUCAUGUUGUAUUUGACAUCAUUGCAUACAAGGACAAUAGUUUGUAUGAAAUGUUUUAUAUGGCCAAUUUAGAAAAGGACCUUUGCCAGGAAACCACAACGACCUCAAUACCAACCUUCAAGCGGUUUGUUGUCCCUCUUCAAUGUGCCAAGAAAGCAGAAGUGGGAGAGAACCUUGUAAAACUUCCUACGACUACCGCAACAGCGGUCAAAACUAAAGAUGGAGAGAUACACUGCCAGCCGGAGAUCAUAUGUGAAGGAAUUGAACUACCUAGAAUUAACUACGCGUACAAUGGCAAGAAGUACAGAUAUGUUUAUGCUUCUCAUGUUGAAUGGCGUCCAAUUCCUACCAAGAUAGUGAAGUUUGACAUUGUCACAAAGGAAAUGCUAGUGUGGACUGAUAACAUGUGCUGGCCGGCAGAACCUUUGUUUGUGCCCCAUCCAGAUGCUAAAGAAGAAGAUGAUGGGGUUAUAUUAUCUUCCAUUGUGUCUUCCAAUCCAAAAACAUCCCCAUUUCUACUUCUACUGGAUGCCAAAACAUUCAAAGAAAUAGGCCGUGCCAGUAUCAGUGCCAGCAUACAUUUGGACUUGCAUGGAAUCUUCAUCCCAGACAAAAACUGAAUAGUGAACAAACAAACUCAUCAUUAAACACUGUGAAAGCACAGGAGUUUGCUUCAAUACUGUUUUAGUAGACCUGAGAUAAGUUCAAGAACCACCAGAAAUAUACAAACCAAAACACUUUCAAGUUCUAUAAGCGAGUAGUAUCAUGGCUUACACUGAAUCAUGACUGAUGUGCCUGUUGUU